AUGAUUGAAAAAUCGAAGAAAGUGUUCAUUGAAAUGAUUCAAGAAUCCACGUGGCUUCAUGAGAAAACCAAGAAAGCUGCAAUUCUGAAAGUUCAAAAGAUGACGAAGAUGGUGGGGUACCCGGAGGAAUUUGAGAAAACAGGAGCACUGGAUACACUUUUUGAAAAUCUUGUUAUUCUGGAAUCUGACACCUACUCCAUUUUGCUCAAGAAAAUUCAACGAUUCAAAGUAGAACUGGCUCUGGAGAAUGUUGCUUCUGAACUCGGAAUGGAGUUGGGUGGUCGCUUGUAUGCUGCCAACGCGUUCUACCAGCCUAGUAUAAAUCAGCUACGUGUGCUCGCCCCAUUCAUGGACGACCCGAUAUUUGACUCCACUUAUCCUGAAUAUGUACAGAUCGCCACGUUAGGAAAGAUUAUAAAUCAUGAAAUAGGUCAUGGUUUCGACCCGAACCAUAGAGGAAAAGAUGAGAAUGGAGAAGAAAAGGACUUAUGGCAACCGGAGGAUCUGGUGGAAUACGAGAAGAGAGUGAAGUGUCUGAUUGAGCAAUACAAUGAGUAUGACGACCCAGAUUUUGGGAAGAAAUUGAAUGGGUCAGUUGUGAUAUCGGAGCUAGUGGCAGAUGGUUUUGGAAUGGAUGUUGCGUGGAAGACUUUCAAAAAACUAGGCCUAGCAAGCCAGGCAAAGUUGAUUGGAUUCAAAGAUUAUCCAAUAGACAAAUUGUUCUUUCAAACUGUUGCUGUGAACUUAUGCAAUCAACGCAGUAAGAAAGAUGUGGACUUUGCAGUUCAAUUCGAUACCCACCCUACAGAUAGUUUUCGUGUGAAUGGAGUGUUUUCAAAUAUGAAGGCAUUUGCGGAGACGUUUAAUUGUCCAGUUGGAUCACCGAUGAAUCCGAAGAAGAAAUGCGACCUUUUCUAA